AUGUUCUCGUCUUCAGUUCAGCUAAUGGAGAAUGAAGAUGGAGAAAGGGACACAGAGUCUGAAGAGGCUGAACUCCGUCUGAAAGUAGAGUCGUUGAAGCAGGAGCUCUACGAGUGCAGAGCCGAGCUGACCAAGUUACAGAAACAACUGAACCAGUCCGAAAGACUGCAGAGGAGCACAGAGAGCUACAACGAAGACCUGAGGAAACAAGUUGACCGUUUGAGUGCAGAGAUUCAUGACCGGAAGAAGAAAGAUAAAGACAGAGUCGACAGUGAAACUCAGACAGAAGAAAAUGUAUGGACAGAAACUGAGUAUUACAACUACUACUAUGGAGGCUACUCUCAGAACCCAGAGGCUUCAGACACUACGGACGGCCUGAACACAGUAGCAGCAGUGGUAGCAGCUGAUGGCAGCGAGGCUGCAGAGGUUUCAGAACCGAAUGAAGCUGCUGGUGCUAACCCGCCCACAGACGACAGUGUUGCAGUCCCAACAGCGGAGGGUGAUGGAGGAUCCAUAGCUGAUAUGUUGAGGGCCACUGCUGAAGAGGCAAUGACACAGACUGGGUUUGUCUUCGAUGAGACUACUGGGAUGUACUAUGACCACAGCACAAGCUUCUACUAUGACUCGGCCAGUCAAUUGUACUAUGAUGCCAACACAGGCAUUUACUACUACUAUGAUGCAGAGAGUGGGCGAUACCAAUUUCAUUCCAGGAUUGAGGUGCCUACUGCACAAACUGCUGCAGAGCCUUGUCAUGACAAGAGCACUGGUGAAAAGAAGGGCAAAAGGUUGAAGAAAGGGACCAAGAAAAUCUCACACCAGGAUGAUAAGGAAAUCAUAUUUAAUGAUGUAAAGCUGGAAGAAGAAGAAAUGGACUGGGUCGAAAAGCCAUCAACUAAAAGGACCAGAGAAUUCCGAAGACUGAAGCGGAAGUCUCGCAGUCCCGAGGUGGCUCACCGUAGAAAAGACUCUUCAGAAAAUAGAGAGGUUAUCGACAAAUCUUUGUCAAAGAGGAAGAAGCAGAAAAACGGUUCUCACAAUGAUGAUAAGGAUGAUAAGGACAAAGGUAGAUCAAGGAAGAAAAGGAAGAAAUCCAAGUCAAAAAAGCGGAAGAAGAAAAAGAGCCCGGUUCGUAACAAUGACUCCGAGGGGAACAGCGAACCGGAAGAGGGUGAGAUUACAGAGUCGGAAAGAGAGGAGUGGGGGUCCACUCCCUCGUUCUCAUCAUCUUCUAGCUCCAGCUCCAAGGAAAGCCCAGAGUCAGAAAUGGAGACUCAGAGUCAUGAAGUCACAGACAUUUGGCCACCCUGUGUAAGAGUGACAGUGGUCAGAUCUCCAGUACUGCAGGUGGGCACUCUGUUCAUCAUCACAGCUGACUCUCGAGCCACCGUUGGCAGAGAGAAAGAUAUGGACCAUGCAAUCCGAAUACCAGAAAUGGGAGUCAGCAAGUUCCAUGCAGAGGUGUACUUUGACCAGGAUCAGCAGAGCUACAUGCUGGUGGACCAGGGAAGCCAGAAUGGAACAGUCAUAAAUGGCAACAGGAUCUUGCAGCCUAAAACCAAAUGUGAGCCACAUGCGCUGACGCACGGUGAUGAGGUGAAGAUGGGAGAGACCGUGCUGUCCUUCCAUAUCCACUCGGGCACUGAUACCUGCGAUGGCUGUGAGCCUGGUCAGGUGAUGGCUCACCUCAGCAAGCACAGGAGGGAGGAGAUUGCUACAGGCCCUGCUCCCACCAAAGAGGAUAAAGAAGCACUGAGACAAAAGGAACUGAAGCAGAUGAAGGCUAAAUAUGGCCUGCAGAGCAGUGAGUAUGAGGAGGCCAAAGCCCUGAGGAACCCCAGAUACCAGGACCGAGCAGAGUCUCGACGACAGACAGUGGGCAGCGAGGGUGUUUUCCAACGAGAUGACGCACCUGCUUCUGUUCAUCAGGAGAUCAGUGAAGUCAAUAAAGGACGGAAAAUGCUGGAAAAGAUGGGCUGGAAGAGAGGAGAUGGACUGGGUAAAGAAGGAACUGGAAGAAAAGAUCCGAUUGAACUGAAAAUCAGGAAGUCCCAUUCAGGUUUGGGGGCUGGUGGCACCAUGUCUCUGGACGGCGUCUCUGUGACCAAAUCAAAGUCCCAGAAGAACUGGGAGAAAGCGCGCGAGAGAUUUGCUGAUUCAUGCCAGCCUGACAUGCUCUCUCCUAAAACGCAGAAGAACAAAUCACCCAAAGCCUGGGUCCGAGGAGAAGAGACUGAAACUACAAACACGCAAGCGGUUGUUGAUACAGACUGCCAAAGUUAAGAGUGAGAGAGAAUCUACUGUGGAUUUUAAAGCUGGGAGGUUUGAUAGUUAUCUCUCUCCUGUCAAAGGAAGUGUGAUGUAGUGUCUGUAUGUUGACAGAGCUGCCACUGUGCCUCCCAGAACAAAGGGAUAUGGAAAGGAAAAUGAAUCGCCUCAAGCAAAUAUUGACCCAAUGAAGCUAUAUUUCUCACAAUGAGAUCAUGCUAUGACAAGACAACUGUGGAUCUAAUAAGACAACCCUGUAACUGAUCAUGGUAAACCAGUCACAACUUCUUGGUAUAAUAG